ACCCGCUCCGCGUUCCCACAGGGUCGUGAGGCGGCUCCCCGGUGAUGGCAGCACGGGGGUCCCUGCCCUCGGGCCUCCGCCUCCUGCUCCUUGUUCCGCUGGUGGCGGGGCUCUGGCGUCCGGCCGGUGCGCGCCGAGGAUUAGCUGAGCCCUCCUUUGUUGCAAAACGUGAAGAUAGCUUGUUUAAGGAUUUAUUUCAAGACUACGAAAGAUGGGUUCGUCCUGUGGAACACCUGAAUGACAAAAUAAAAAUAAAGUUUGGCCUUGCGAUAUCUCAAUUAGUCGAUGUGGAUGAGAAAAAUCAGUUAAUGACAACAAAUGUCUGGUUGAAACAGGAAUGGAGAGAUGUAAAAUUAAGAUGGAACCCUGAUGAUUACGGUGGAAUAAAAGUUAUACGUGUCCCUUCAGACUCUCUCUGGACCCCAGACAUCGUUUUGUUUGAUAACGCAGAUGGACGCUUUGAGGGGGCCAGCACGAAAACAGUUGUCCGGUACGAUGGUACUGUUACCUGGACUCCUCCAGCAAAUUACAAAAGUUCCUGUACCAUAGAUGUCACGUUUUUCCCAUUUGAUCUCCAAAACUGUUCUAUGACAUUUGGGUCUUGGACCUACGAUGGGUCACAGGUCGACAUACUGUUGGAGGAGCAAGACGUGGACAAGAGAGAGUUUUUUGAUAACGGAGAAUGGGAGAUUGUGCGUGCAACGGGAAGCAAAGGAAACAGAACUGACAGCUGUUGCUGGUACCCGCAUAUCACUUACUCGUUUGUAAUUAAGCGUCUGCCUCUCUUUUAUACCUUGUUCCUUAUUAUCCCCUGUAUCGGGCUCUCGUUUUUAACCGUGCUCGUCUUCUAUCUUCCUUCAAAUGAAGGUGAAAAGAUUUGUCUCUGCACUUCAGUACUUGUCUCUUUGACAGUCUUCCUUCUGGUUAUUGAAGAGAUCAUACCCUCAUCUUCCAAAGUAAUCCCUCUGAUUGGGGAGUAUCUGGUGUUUACCAUGAUUUUUGUGACACUGUCUAUUAUGGUGACUGUUUUUGCUAUCAACAUUCAUCAUCGUUCUCCCUCAACACAUAACGCGAUGGCUCCGUGGGUCCGCAAGCUCUUUCUGCACAAGCUUCCCAAGCUGCUUUGCAUGAGAAGUCACGCAGAUAGGUACUUCACCCAGGAAGAGGAAACUGAGAGAAGCAGUGGACCGAAUUCUUCUAGAAACUCACUGGAAGCUGCACUUGAUUCUAUUCGCUACAUUACAAGGCACGUCAUGAAGGAGAACGAUGUCCGUGAGGUUGUUGAAGAUUGGAAGUUCAUAGCCCAGGUUCUUGAUCGGCUGUUUCUGUGGACUUUUCUUCUGGUUUCAAUUGUUGGUUCUCUUGGGCUUUUUGUGCCUGUUAUUUAUAAAUGGGCAAAUAUAAUAGUUCCAGUUCAUAUUGGAAAUGCAAAUAAGUGAUGCUUCCCAAGGGGUCAUAGUAGGAAUUUAAUUAGCAAAAGGCACAUAACCUUAUGGACACCUAUAAAAUUAUGAAAAUGUCAAUUGUAUUUAAAAUCGGAUGCAAACUUUAACAGACUAACAGUUGCUAACAUUGGUUUAUCUUAUUAGGUUGCCCAUUAGGACAUCUAGCUGCAAGACUAAAGUAAUAACUGACUGAAUAACAUUUGAUCUUCUAAAAGUAACAAAAUAUUUCUAAUCUGUACUAGUAAUAAUCUAAUGCUUGUAUCCUGGCUAAUAAUGCUAAUUUGU